CUGUCCUCUAACUUUUAUUAUCUAUUUCAUACACUUAUAACAUUUUCCAAAAAUAAAGUUAUUCUAGUGAUUAUGGGGAACUCUGUCAAGUUAUACGUAUAUGAUCUUAGCAAUGGGCUUGCGAAGCAGCUUUCUAUGCAGUUGACUGGUAGGCAGAUAGACGGGAUUUGGCAUACGUCUGUUGUGGUGUUUGGUAAAGAGAUCUUCUAUGGCCAAGGAAUUUGCACGACGAUGCCGGGACAGUCUCACCAUGGUCAACCUUUGCAAGUGAUUGACAUGGGAGAAACUGCUUUAGAUGAGGAGACGUUUAAUGAUUAUAUCCAAGAGAUGAAUUCGAUUUAUACAGCGGAUAAAUACCACCUUCUCGAUUUCAACUGCAACUCAUUUACGAACGAUUGUAUCGGCUUCUUGACUGGGGGGUCAAUCCCGUCAUGGAUAAGAGAUCUUCCUGCUGAUUUCCUUUCAACUCCGUUUGGUGCUGCCCUCCGCCCUACGAUAGACUCAAUGUUCCGCAGACCCACUCCUGGAGCUGUAUCUCCGCAACCGUACAGUCAGCCUAUGGCGUCCUCACUACUCCAAUCUGUCGCCGCGCAAGCAUCAGGACCUUCUGCUGCUCCAAGAAAUUACUUACCGACUCCGGCUGCUACUCCAUCACCGCAGCCUGCAGCAGCAACUGUAGCUGCUCCACUGCAAAUAUGCUCGAAUUUACAGCAUUUCCGAAAUAUACUGUCGUCUCAUCGUGCUGUUUCGGCGUUCUUCACGUCGAGGACGUGUCCGCCUUGUAGGAUCGUAGAACCUGUCUUCGAGGACCUCGCAGCGGAAAAAUCAUCUAAGGGCGUGGCUUUCGUUAAGAUUGAUUUGAGCGCGAUGUUUGGAGGGCAGGUAGCGGGUGCUUAUGGUGUUACUGCUACUCCGACUUUCUUGUUCUUUUUGGAUGGGAAGAAGGUACAUGAGCUUAAGGGAGCGAACGUACCGGAGUUGAAGAGUCAAGUUGAUCUUCUUAUCUUCCAAGCCUUUCCUCCGCAUCCACAUGCGAUCAAGAAACUGCCUGCGAUUCGGGCCAUUUCCCUUGAGCCAAUUCUCUUCACGCAGGUUCCAGCACUGGACACGGUCCAGUCCAAGCUCUUGUCCUUCAUAGACGGGACCUCCAAUACAACUUUCAGCGAUACUGAGAAAGAGCGAGCGAAGAAAGUCCUCUCCAGCUCAGUUAUCCCAUUCUUGAAAACAAGAACCGACGCGAAGUUGAAGAACUCUGUACCGUCUUUGGCUUCGACGAAGAAAGUCUGUGAAGAUUGGACGACGAUUUCGACUGGGUUGGUCAAAGCUCUUCCGCAGGCUCAGUUGUUCCCGCUUGUUGACCUUUGGAGGAUUGGGUUGUUGGAUAAUUCUAUUUCGAGUUGGUGUGCGUCUACUACCGUGGACGUUCAAGGGAUGAUGAAGAAUCCGGUGUUGUUGCUUUUGAGUAACGCAGCUUCUGGUGAUAUGUCUACGUUGCCUAAACCUGUUAUUCUGACGACUCUACGGAUGUUGUCUAACGCGUUUGCGAACGUCACGCUCGCACGUACACUCCUGAAUCCAUCAAGCCCAAGUUCCAGCUCUAGUUCAUUAUCAGCACGACAAAUGCUAACGAUUCUCUUGGUAUCAAGUCUUCUGCACGAAGACUCAGCUGUUCGCACCGCAGCAGCAAGUUUAGCUUUCAACGUCUCGCUAUUUUACCAAAAACCACGCGUUGAAGCUGCUAGGUCUGGGAGACGAGGUGAAGAAGAGGGAGAGGGAGAGAGCGAUGGGGAGUGGGAAGUGGAAGUUGUUAGUGCUGUUGUGGAGGCAUUGAGGACUGAGGUUGGGAGUGAGGAUGUUGUCCACCGCUUAACGGCUUCCCUCGCUUUCUUCCUACACCUCUCACCGUCUUACGAGACACAACUCAAGCCACUUUUGGAAGUCUUACAAGCAAGGGACGUCUUAAAAGCCAAGUUGAAAGGCGGGCUUGGCGGGUGUGGAGAGAAGGGAGUAGGGAAGAAGGAUGUUAGGAUGUUGGUUAGUGAGGUUGCGGAUGAGUUGUGUUGUUGAUUUAAUUUGAAUAUGUGUAACUAGUACAUUUAAUAUUAAUAUUUAUUUUUGGGGUAUAAUGGAUAAUGG